AAAAAAAAAAACAAAAACAAAAGAAAAGAGAGAGUGAGAGAAUGCUGGCGAAGGAAUCGGGUGGCUCCAACUUCGGUCUUCCCGAGGAGGUCUUGGAAGUCCUGCCGUCCGAUCCUUUCGAGCAGCUCGAUGUGGCCCGCAAAAUCACUUCCGUUGCGCUCUCGACACGCGUCUCUGCCCUUGAAUCAGAGUCCUCCGACCUCCGCGCUCAACUCGCCGAGAAGGACCGCGUCAUCGCCGAGCUCCAGGCCCAGGUUGAGUCGCUCGACGCCUCCCUCUCCGAAACCGCCGAUCAACUCACCCGCGCCGACGAGGAAAAAGAGAGCUUGGUAAAAGAGAAUGCUUCGCUGUCGAACACUGUGAAGAAGCUGAACAGAGAUGUCUCCAAGUUGGAGGUGUUCAGGAAGACACUCAUGCGAUCACUUCAAGAGGAUGAUGAAAAUUCUGCUGGAGCUCCGGAGGCUGUUGCUAAGAUACAAAGCCAUUCAAGUUUAUCUUCCGUGUCACAGAUUGGAGAAGAUGAUGCCACAUUUCCUCCUUCUAGAUACUCUUCAAUCCGGAGUCAGACGUCUGAAGUAGGAAAUUCAUUUGCAGAGGAUCGUGAGACAGGCUCAAGACCUCGCGUAUCACAUGGCCUUCUGUUAGCAUCCCAAACUAGCACACCUCAUUUUACUCCUCCAGGGUCCCCUCCAAGCCUAUCGGCGUCGGUGUCCCCAACAAAAACAUCUAAACCUACAUCCCCAAGGCGACGUUCACUUUCAUUUGCAACAUCAAGAGGCAUCUUUGAUGAUAGGUCUUCAAUGUUUUCUUCUAUGCACUCAAGCCCUCACAGUCCAGUAUCAAGCUCUGACACAGGAUCACAAAGUGGGCGAACGCGGGUUGAUGGGAAAGAAUUCUUCCGCCAAGUCAGGAGCCGUUUGUCUUAUGAGCAGUUCGGUGCCUUUCUAGCAAAUGUUAAGGAAUUGAAUGCCCACAAGCAAACAAAAGAGGAGACUCUGCAGAAGGCUGAAGAGAUUUUUGGCUCAGAGAACAAGGACCUUUAUACGAUAUUUGAGGGAUUGAUCACUCGCAAUGCCCACUGAAAUUGCAGAAAUGGAACUGUCAUUGCAGUUUGUAAGCAUUGAUAUGUGUCACUAAAGAGUUUUCUUUGGCAGUUUCCUCUGUAUAUUAGACAGUAAUUCAAGGUGCAAUAAAACUAUUCUUUGAACUCC